AUGAGGUUCCUUGCUUGGCCGAUCAAUUGGCUGGUUAAAAGUCAUAAGCGCGAACACAACAAUCUAACUUUAUCCAUUCAAGCCAAUAAGUGGCUUGGUGGUGGCAUGCCUACGCAAUCUAAAAGAAGGACAAAAUGUUCCUUCAAUCGACCUACCCGGUUGAAAAGAGGGAAACAGAAUCGAUCCAAGAAAGAGAUGUUUAGGAGUAAAUUGAAAACAAAGGAACAUGCAUAUGCUAAUAAUGAUCUGGACAAAUACUUGAGUGAUGGAAUUGAGGAAGAAUCUCCAAACUUUAAUGUAUUGGCUUGGUGGAAAGGGAAGUAUGCAACCUACCAUGCACUUGCAAUAAUGGCACGAGAUGUUUUAUCAAUUCCAGUGACAUAUGUUGCUUAUGAAUCUGCUUUUAGUACUGCUGGAAGAGUUCUUGACCCAUUUCGAAGUUCCUUAACACUAAAUAUCGUGGAGGCUUUGGUGUGUACCCAAGAUUGGUUAAGAUAUUCCAAACAAGAGUGUGGGAGUGUUGAAGAACAACUUGAAGAGCUUAAGGAAAUUGAAAUUUUGUAA